AUCUAAUUGGCGGGAGUUGCAGCUGCAGUGGGACCUGUACGGCUAUGGAGUCCGUUUCAGGGAGUGAGGAGAAUGAAGGAGGCUCAGCGACAGAGGAGUACGUGAAUAGAAUUCCGGUGCCAAGACCACCCUCCAUUGAGGAGUUCACCAUAGUGAAGCCCAUUAGCCGUGGUGCAUUCGGGAAAGUGUACCUGGGGCAGAAAGGCGGCAAGUUGUACGCAGUGAAGGUUGUCAAAAAGGCAGACAUGAUCAAUAAGAACAUGACUCAUCAGGUGCAAGCUGAGAGAGAUGCCCUGGCCCUGAGUAAAAGCCCGUUCGUUGUGCACCUCUUCUACUCGCUGCAGUCCGCCAGCAAUGUCUACCUGGUAAUGGAAUAUCUUAUUGGUGGAGAUGUCAAGUCUCUCCUACAUAUAUAUGGUUAUUUUGAUGAAGAGAUGGCUAUAAAAUAUAUUUCUGAAGUUGCGCUGGCUUUAGACUAUCUGCAUAGACAUGGAAUCAUCCAUAGGGACUUGAAACCAGACAAUAUGCUUAUUUCCAAUGAGGGUCAUAUUAAGCUGACAGAUUUUGGCCUUUCCAAAGUUACUCUGAAUAGAGAUAUCAAUAUGAUGGAUAUUCUUACAACACCAUCCAUGGCUAAGCCUAAGCAGGAUUACUCACGAACCCCAGGACAAGUCUUAUCUCUCAUCAGUUCUUUGGGAUUUUUCACACCAAUUGGAGAAAAAGAUCAAGACUCUGCAACCGUGUUUUCAGCCCCUAAGUCUGAAGCACAACUUUCUCAAGGAUUAAUUUGCCCUAUGUCCAUAGAUCAGAAGGACCCUUCUCAUUCUAGCAGGCUGCUAAAGCCAUGCCUUGAAAGACUUGCAUCCAAUGCAGAAGCCCCUGUGAAAUGCCUGACCUCCAGUCUGCUCCAGUGCAGGAAAAGGCUGGGCAUCUCGGACACUAGCAGUCAGUCCCAGACCUUCGUGUCCAGUGUGGAGUCAGAGUGCCACAGCAGUCCCAAGUGGGAAAGAGACUGCCAGGAAAGUACCAAGUCAUCAGACUGUACAAUGAGCUGGAAUGCAGUGGAAAUACCUUAUACAAAAUCUACAAGUGCCAUUGAGACAAAAACAGAUCUUGAAUUAGCGCUUUCUCCCAUUCAUGACAGCAGUGCCAUCCCUGCCACGAGAAGCCACCACGUGAGCCUCCCUAGAAAAUGCUUCUCUGAGGGAGUCUCUUGGGAAGGGAGAGAACUGAAUGUAAAUAAUGAGAACAUGACCAUUGAUAUGAGACAGCCUGGUUUCCUUCAGUCUGAUCAGUGGGCUGGAAAUUCUAGUGGUAUGUCUGAAGAACACCUUGGUAAAAGAAAUUUUAAAAGAAAUUUCCAUUUGGUUGACUCUAGUCCUUGUCGGGAAAUUAUACAAAGCAAAAAAAACUGUACAGAGUGUAAGCAUAGCAAGGGAAUGAUAGGUUGCUAUGCAAAUCAAACUACGGGCCUAACUACUGAAGUUCGGAGUCUUAGGCUCUCAGUAGACAGAAGUCAGCAAAAUGACUGUGCUAAUAAGGAGAACUUUGUCACCUAUUUUACUGACAAACAAACCCCUGAAGAAUUACGUAUACCAAUGAUAGCAAAAAACCUUCUGUCUGAACUAGAUGCAGACUGUGAGAUGACUACCAAGAAGGACUGCCCGAGUUCUCACGCUGCGUGUCCUGUUGAGGGGAGAGCUCCGAAAACUGUGGAUUCAGAUUCAUCUUUUCCUGAAAUUUCCAUGAUGGAAAGUUCACUUGAAAUUCAGACCUCAGAACCUGAUAAAAGCAACAAAGAAUGCUGUUUUGAAGAAUCAAAUAUUGAAGAUCCACUUGUAUUAUCAAACUGCCAAGAAAACUUGUCAAAAGAUGAUUGUCAUACUUCUAUCCAAGAUAAUAGCCAAAUGUUAGCUCCCUCUUUACAGGCAUUAAAACCGCUAACCUGCAAAACAAAUGUUGUAGCUUUUAGAAGCUUUAACAGCCAUAUUAAUGCAUCCAAUAAUUCAGAACCAUCCAAGAUGAGCAUAACUUCUUUAGACGCUAUGGACAUUUCCUGUGAUUACAGUGGCUCCUAUCCCAUGGCUGUGACCCCGACUCAGAGAGGAAGAUCCUAUGUGUCACAUCAGACUCCAAAUCAAGUCAAGCUAGGAACAUCAUACAGAACUCCAAAGAGUGUGAGGAGAGGGGCAGCCCCAGUGGAUGAUGGACGAAUUCUGGGAACUCCAGAUUACCUGGCACCCGAGCUCUUACUGGGUACAGCCCAUGAUAUCCCUUGGCCAGAAGGUGAAGAAAAGCUAUCUGAUGAUGCUCAAAGUGCAGUGGAUAUGCUGUUAACCAUUGAUGAUACAAAGAGAGCUGGAAUGAAAGAACUGAAACAUCAUCCUCUCUUCAGUGAAGUGGACUGGGAAAAUCUGCAACAUCAAACAAUGCCUUUCGUACCACAGCCAGAUGAUGAAACAGAUACAUCCUAUUUUGAAGCCAGGAAUACUGCUCAGCAUCUGACCAUAUCUGGGUUUAGUCUGUAGAACAUACAUAUCAUUUUGAUCUAAUCUUGUAAUAUAGAAUUAAGUUUUGCAAUAUUAUGUUCAAUACUAGAUUGACUUACAGGAGAGAAGUCACCUAGGCUAAUGAACUUUCAAUUAAUGAAUACAACAGCUUUUACAAAAUUAAAAUACUAUGCGAAAUAUAUGUAAUUUAUCUUUACCAUAAACUGGAUAUAAAUCAUCACAGCUUUUUUCAUCUUGUCUUAUUUAUUAGCUGCACUUUAUGAAGACUAACGUAUCAAUAAACUAAAACACUACUACUCAAUACAGAGAGAAUGAGCCAUAAGCUUCUAUGCAGAUUUCAUUGUUCUAUUCACUUCGGUGUUAAUAUCAAACAAAUAAAAAACGACUAUUUCAUUUAAAUUUAUUUGUACAUGGUUGCCUGCAAAACUGUGGUCUCAAGACAGUCUUACAAGACAAUACAUGACUGUCAAAAUCAGCCAUUUUGCCAGACAUGCAAGCCAGAAGCCCCCAUAUUCAGGAGACAGAUGCAAGACAGAAGUAUGACUGCAAUUUCAAAACUAAGGCCAGCCUGGUCUGUCUCUGAGCUGGAGGCCAUUCAGGACUCUAUAGUGAGACCCUGUCUUGUAAAACUUUAAAAAAAAGCUGGAAAACUAUUAGUAGUGUAACUUUGCAGAGUGCAGUCUAUUCAAAAGAACUAAGAUUUUAAGGGUUUAGCUUACCUUCCUAGUGAUAGAAUUUUGCUACCUGACUGCUUUUGGUGCUUUCUUCUACAAUUCCUGUUUGUUUAAGAGUUCUGGAAAGGUUGGGUGUGACACUUUAAGCAAUUUUAGUAGCUUGUUCAGUUUUAUCAGAGAAAAAUAGUAAUCUACUUUUGUUUAAUAGCUGUAACUAAUGAUUGUCAGCAUCACUCUUUUUGAAGAAUACUAAGAAUCAGCUAAACUAAUUGAGACUUUUAGCAUUUUCCUAGAAGAAUGAAAUUACGAUUUAAAUGUACCAUAGGUAGGUUUUGUUAAUAACCUUUUGCACACUGACUUUAGUGUUUCUGCUUUACCACCUAGUCACAACUCAGCCAUAAUGUAGUUUGCAAAGAUGAGACAAGCCUAGAUCUGUAACAAUAAAAGACACAGCAUAAUUGGUGCUGGGUAUUGAAUCCUUGGGCUAAAGGUUUUACUCUGCCUAUUUUAUAAUGACUAUACUUAAUUUUCUAGUCACCCUUUUAAAUAAAGAUAUUCAAAAUAGUUACUACAACUUCAUUUAAAGUGAGUCACACUUUUCAGGUGACAGCAUAUUCUACAGGCUAUUUACUCAAUCUACAGUCCUUUUAUAGUGUUUUCAAGUAGUAGAAAAAAAGCCUUUGGAAUCUAAACCUGGUUAAACAACUGUGCUGCCAUGGACAGGUUAAUAUUGAGCACUAAUAUAUUGGUGAUUGAUAUAAUUACUUUGGAGGCUGAAGGUAGAGAAUACUUACCUAGUAUGCAUAGGACCUUGGCUUCAAGCUCCAGUAACACACAUACUAAUUACUUUGUAGAAUUAGAAUAAGCAGAGUCAGAUUAACAAACUAGGGGUCCAAGGAAGAAGAACUCUGGAUCCCAGUUAGUUAAAAAUGAGUCUGCAGAGGCAAACCGAUAAUGGCUUCUUAAAGCAAAUCACUGGACAGUUGGUUACAGUAAAAUUUAAUUCUGCUGUGGACUGUUGAGAGGUUCUGACCUCCUUGGACUACAUGAAUAAAGCAUGUCAACAGAUGGAUGAAUAAACAUAGGGAUACAUUUAUUAAAGCAAACAAUAUGUUAUAUGUAAGUACACAGAAGAGAAACAUUUCUUUCCAUAAAUGCAUUUUUUAUAAAAUGUUUUUUCUACUUUUUGGUUCUCAUAAAUUGGCCUGUUUUCAUAGUAGUUGGUGGUGUUUUUCAUUGACAGUGAGUCAUAAACACUUUGCACAUUUAUGUUUUCUUUUGCUUGUCUGUACAGAAUGUAAAGAAUAAAAAAUAAUAAAAGAAUUAUUUCUUCUUUCACAAUUAUUUAACCUAAGGUUCCAGCAGUGUUGUUUCUUUUGGUCGUGUGAUGGAUUCAGUGAGAAUACUUGGUCCCUGGUUGGUGGAACUGUUUGGGAAGGAUAGUUAGUACAUCACUGGGGUGAGCACUAAGGUUUCAAAAGACUCAGGUCACUCCCAGUGUGCUCUCUGCCCGUACUUGUGGUUAAGAUAUGAAUGCUCAGAUGCUGCCUGCUACCUCUGCUCCACCAUCAUGAACUCUACCCCUCUGAAACCAUAAGCCCCAAAUAAAGUGUUUUUUAAUAAGUUAUCUUGGUCAUAUUGUCUUUUUUUUUUUUAGGGAGAAAGGCGGGGGUUUUAUUUCUUUUUUUUUUUUAAUUUUUAUUUAUUUAUUUAUUAAAGAUUUCUGUC